AGCACGCCGAGCUCGAGUCUCCGAGCGCCUCGUGUCAUGGCCACGAGACCAAGGAGUUCUUUCAGGCAAACAAAUUGCCAGAGAUGGCUCGCGAUAGCUUGCCUUUGCGCUGUGUGCGUUUGGCCGAGCUCCCGAGCCUGGGUUUCGCCCUGGAGGUCCGGCACCAGGUCACCAAGGGUCAUGUGUCUGGCUGUGCAGCCACUGGUCAAUGAAAUGUCAGAGGUCUUCCAGCGCUGUGUGGAGGAGUAUUCGAAUGAGAAUAGCGAGGAGUUUCAGGAGGGGCCGCCUGCGACGGGCUUCAGAAACCUCACGGAGUGCAUCAGGCCAUACCACCCCAACCCGGAGUGGCAGCUCUUUCCGGGAGAAGUGGGGAGCUUCGAGCGGGAUCAGAAGAUCUGCUCCAUGUACACUUUAGCUACGGGAUUGUUCAGGGAUAUCAACAAGUGCAUCCGCGAUGACAACGAAGACGGUCUGCGGCGUUUGGCCCCCAUGGUUUGGGAGAUCCGCGAGGUUCUCCGAUUUGAGACCGCCAAGAUCUGCAAGCCGGAUGGGCGCAAGUGCAAGCCCUUCAUGGGCAAGUGCCUGCGCGGCUUGGAGGUCCCCGAGGACGAGGUGGAAGAGUGGGCCUCCCUUUACAAGGAAGGCACCGAAUUUACUUGGCCGGCCUUCACCUCCUGUCAGCUAGAAGAUGGAGGUUUGUGGCCGUUUGAUGGGAACCUGAACUUUGAGAUUGAGUGCAACAUCGACCCGAGCAAGCUGAGUGUGCCGGAGGUGUUCGCUCCGGUGAGCAUCAAGCGCUUCAUCGGCGGGUCCAACGAAGUGCUGUUUCCUCCACAGACCAAGUUCAGAGUAAAGGAGGACGCGAAAGACGUGCAGCGAGUCACGGAAAACGAUGAGACCCGCGAUGUGCACACGCGGGUGCUUGAAGUGGUUGAGCUACCAGUUCCGCAGGACGUCCAACGAGCUGCUGUUUCCCCCACAGACAGAGUUCAGAGGAAAGGAGGCAAAAGACGUGCACCGAGUCGCAAAAAGCGAUGAGACCCGCGAUGUGCACACGCGGGUGCUUGAAGUGGUUGAGCUACCAGUUCCGCGGGACGUGCCGGGAGAGAGACGGCGAUAGCGCUGUUCGCCGGACUAAGCUAUUAGCCGCCGCGC